AUGGUCUCUUCAAUGUUCCGUUUUGUACCGGAGUGCAGUCAGCCAACAGCUAAAGAUAUCAAAGAAUUCGUGGAUGUCUUAAAACCUAUCAAACAUUUGGUGGUGAUGACUGGUGCUGGAGUUUCCACCGAAUCCGGUAUUCCGGAUUAUCGUUCACCCAAAGUUGGUCAAUAUGCACGUACCGAUUAUCGCCCGGUAUUGCACGGUGAUUUUAUGAGGUCAUUGGCUGUCCGGAAGCGUUACUGGUCUCGAAAUUACGUCGCGUGGCCACGUUUUUCCGCUUCACAACCAAACGAAACACAUCAAACAAUCGCGAAUUGGGAGAAGAGUGAACGAUUUACGUGGCUUAUCACGCAAAACGUAGACGGAUUACAUACAGCAGCUGGAUCGAAAAUGUUGAGUGAAUUGCAUGGCUGUAGUCGACGUGUUAUUUGUAUGAAUUGCCAUUCGCUAUACAAUCGGCAAACGAUACAGGAAUGGAUUGAGAAGGAAAAUCCAAAUUGGUGUAUAGAAGAGAUUGGAGAAUUAGCACCGGAUGGUGAUUGCGAUAUUCCGGAUAAAGCUAUCAAUAAUUUCAAUCUUCCAACAUGUCCGAAAUGUGGUCCGAAAUCAAUUCUAAAAACGGAUGUCGUCUUUUUUGGCGAUUUCAUUGAUCCAAAAAUUCAUGAUAAGUGUUAUAAUGUGGUGGAAAAUUGUAGUGGUAUGUUGGUGCUUGGUUCCUCGCUUACUGUUCUUUCCGGUUACCGUUAUGUUGAACAAGCAUACCAACGAUGUGUGCCAAUUUUAAUUGUUAAUAUUGGUCCAACUGCUGCUGAUCAUUUAGCUACCGUUAAAUUAUCAGCCAAAUCUUCAGAUGUCAUAAGAUAUGUUCCAAAUCUUAUUGUUUUCCGGAAAUACAACUAG